UGGUGUGUGUCCGGCACGCGCAAGCGCCUGAUGCCCGCGCCGACGUCUGAGCUGGCGGCCAUGGGGCUCUCGAGUUGGCGGUUGGUGGUCGCGGCCGGCGCGGGUUUCGCGCUGGCCCUAGAGGCGCUGCCGUGGCUGGUGCGUUGGCUGCUGGCGGGGCGGCGGCCACGGCGCGAGGUGCUCUUCUUCCCGUCGCAGGUGACCUGCACCGAGGCCCUCCUGCAGACCCCGGGCUUGCCCUCCGGGCCCUCCUCGGGCUGCCGGUGCAGUCUCCCUCACAGCGAGAGUUCGCUGAGCCGCCUGCUGCGCGCGCUGCUGGCCGCCCGCUCCAGCCUGGAGCUCUGCCUCUUCGCCUUCUCCAGCCCGCAGCUGGGCCGUGCGGUGCAGCUGCUGCACCAGCGCGGGGUGCGCGUGCGGGUCAUCACCGACUGCGACUACAUGGCCCUCAACGGUUCGCAGAUCGGCCUGCUGCGCAAGGCAGGUAUACAGGUACGGCAUGACCAGGACCUCGGCUACAUGCACCAUAAGUUUGCCAUCAUUGACAAGAAGGUGCUCAUCACUGGCUCCCUCAAUUGGACCACACAGGCCAUCCAGAACAACCGUGAGAACGUUCUGAUUAUGGAGGACACUGAGUAUGUGCGGCUGUUCCUGGAGGAGUUUGAGCGCAUCUGGGAAGAAUUUGACCCCACCAAGUACAGCUUUUUCCCCCAAAAGCAGCGAGGGCACUGACCCUGCUCUGUCUUGCUCAGUCUUCCAGCUUGCUCUUGUGAGGUUCCCUCCUGCUGUGGAAAAGCCUUUCCUGGCAGGGGGCAGUCCUGGGUGCACUGGGCUGCUAAGUCGUCUUGUCCUUGCAUCCCCAUCAGAAGUCAGGAAGGAGGCGACAGAGUGGGCAGGGCUGUAGGCUGUCCUGUAGCAGUAGUUGUCGAGAUAGGCAGGCCAUCCUCUUCAAGUGGCUUCUGGGCAUCACUCGACAUGUCUGAUAGUACUGACCCUCUGCAACUGGCCUUGUAGCCUGGCAGUGUUAGUCACCGGUGAGCACUUCGAGGUGGCCAUGCCUGCCCAUGUCCAGGCGCCUUUAAUUUUCCAUGUCCCUCACAUUAGAGCAAUACUGUGACUUAGAAGUGACCUCGGCUCUAGCACCCGUGGACUCAUGGCUUUUUGCUCAGUCAUGGAUCAGGAGUUGAUGACCAAGGGAGGUAAGAAGAGCUGCCCAGGCUGUGAUCUCAGCUCUGUGUGGGCAUCCCAGGGAGUCAGAGGAACAAGUUUCUCAUACGCAUUUGUGUGACAUGUUCCAGAUUACUUUGUUUUUAUAUGCAAGUAGCUCAAGUGACAUGAGCUAGUUCUGUCAUUGUUCAUGCUUGUGUGUGUGACAAGCUCCAUGAGGCCCCUCAAAGUCAGUCUGAAUAGAUGAAGUGUCCUCUAGCUCAUGGAACCAUUAGCAGCAGAUGCUGCUAAUACAGGUGUUUUCUUUCUUUUUUGGGAAGGGGGCAGGAAGAUAGAGUCUCACCAUGUAGCCCUGGCUGGUCUUCAACUCAGAGAUCUCUCUGAUUCUGCCUCAGGAACUGGGAUUACAGGCAUGUGCCACCAUGCCCAGCUAUUUUCACCCUUUUAAAUGUUACCUUUUACUUAGUGUUAAGACAAGCAAACUUGAUGUUGAUUUUCCAAAAGAUUUAACAGACACUAUAAAGUAUAAUACUCAGAAGUAGUUAUGUUGGAUAAGUUCCUUUCCUUCUGGAGCUCGUGAAUUCCUAAGUGUGUGCUCUGGUGGGGGGAGAUCACAAAAUGUCCUUUGAGUGACAGUGCCAUUGGGGACCUUGGACUGGUGGCAUAUUUCAAUAAAUAUUACUUUAGAAUAUAGACUACUACCUGUCUGCCUUAGCCUGCUGCAUUCAAAUGUGGCUGCUCUUAAAAUACAUUGUGGGGGUGGUAUACGGCUAUGGAGACCCCUGUGGUGAAUACCGGAGUCCCUGGGAGAGCAAUAGCACUGUAUAGUAGCCACCUCCUGGUUAGUGUGUUUUCUAAACACCCCAGCUACUCUCUGGUACUAUUUCCAGACCUUCAAAAAAAAAAAAAAAUCAAAGCAUGAUUCCUAGUAGCCUGUUUCUCUCUGUCAUCUGCCUGACGGUGUGUAUCUUCCUUGACUCCUGUCCCCAUCCCUUCCAGAGAAGGCUGGUAUCCACAUGGCAUCAUUGUGGCUGUCAGGGGUUAGGUAGCCUUGUUACCUGCAGGAAUGUGUGAAGACUUGUGAAGUGACAUUACUUCAUAUAUUUAUCUAUUUUUGUUUUGAGACAGUCUCACUAGACCAGGCUGGCCACAAACUCAGUAUGGCCCUGAGGCUGGCCUUAGAUUCCUGCCUCCACUUUCUAAGUACUGGUAUUACAUGUAUGUACUAUCACAUCCACUUUGAGUGCUAUGAGGUAGGGGCAUAGUACAUGUGGAUAUCUCACUUGUCUCAGUACCAGUUUAAGAUGACUUCCCCUAAUGAAUGGUAUUAAAACAUUUGUUGAAAACCAA